UAUAUUUUUAUAAAAAAAAAGACGGAAAAGUUUUAAAAUUGUUUAUGUAAAAAUUUUAUUCAAAAUCUUAAGAACAACAACUAAAAAGAAGAAAAAAAAAUAUUUCAAUUCCUUAGAUCGUAAAUAAAUCCAAUGUUUGUUUCCCAAAUACCCCUCACAAUAGUACAACGAUUAGUAUGUGGUGGCUGGUCUUUUCGGCCGACUUUCAAAAUGUUUAACAACAAUUUCAAUUUUAAUGUUUUUUGUGGUGUUUUGCUGUUGUUUUUUGUCAGAAGUUGUCAUGCUGACUAUAUAUCCCAUUAUCAUCAACAUAACUUUUCCUGUGUGGAUUGGAAAAAGGCACCCGAAGCUACGGCUGGUAAUUGCACCCGAUAUACACGUUAUGGAGCCAUAAGAUGUUAUGGUGGCAUGAAUAACUUAUUAACCUCAAACGAUAUUUACAGUGAUCAAAAGGUGCGUAAAAUGGAAGAAAUUAUAUUUUGCGGUUGGCCCGAACAGGUCUUUAAUCCAGUUAUAGAUUUACAGCCAUUUCCGAAAAUAAAAUCGUUGACAAUUGAGUACAGUGAUAUGACAGAGAUUAUAUUUGAUUUUCCGGAAAUGUUUUAUUUGCAGACCAUAAAUAUCUCCUGGACCAAUUUGUCACACAUAGGUCCUAGAACUUUUAAACGAAUACAUACUCUCAGAAUAGUAGACUUGAGAUGGAAUCAAUUGAUACAAUUGGAUAGUCCUUUGGCCUUGCCCAGGACUUUUCAAGAACUAUAUUUGGCUGGUAAUCCUUGGAAUUGCACUAGAAACUUUAAAUGGCUACUAAUACCGGAAAAGGCAAAAGUGGUGGCUGAUCGUGAUCAAUUAUAUUGCUCGGAUCGUAAAUAUAAAGACAGACUCUUGCUAACAGUGGUGAAUUAUAAAGUGACCUUAAAAAACGCCUGCCUAUCGCAUCCUGAUAUCCAGAAUUGUACUUGCAUUAUGCAUCAUAUUAUACCCAAGUCUUAUAUACCUUUAUAUACAGUUAAUUGCUCAAAUUUGGGAUUUGAUCGCUUGCCUACCUAUUUACCAGAAAAUACUACCAUGUUUUUUGCUAACGACAAUAAGAUCAGUGAUAUUUCACCUUUACGCAAUAAUAUCCAUUAUCGCUAUGUGGUUGAUGUACAUUUAGAAAACAAUUCUGUGGAAAAUAUCGAUGUUUUAGAGGGAGGCUAUUGGUUGGAACAUUUUCGUUUGCUGAAUUUGAAAAACAAUAAGCUGAAAAAGAUUCCUGUCUAUGCUUUGGACAAUGCUUUAGACGAUAAUCCCAAUGCCAAUCUCCUGUUGCUAAGUCAAAAUCCCUGGUAUUGUUCUUGUAAAUUUGCCAUGCGGUUUAAAGAAAUCCUUAACAAAUACAAUGCUAUACUACGAGAUGCAUGGAAUAUAUCCUGCACUUACAAACAAGGAGAUGAAUUGAAAACUUCAAAAAUUUUAGCCAUUAGCCGGGAAGAUGUUUGUAAACCCAAAGAUGAAUCAAAAAUACAUGCACUAGACUGGGUUAAUGGUCUGUUGGCCACGUUAAUAGUAUUUAUUUUGGGUAAAUUGGCCUAUGAUUAUUACUAUUAUAAAAAUUAUGGUCGCGUGCCAUGGAUAGUAAUGAAAUUGCCUUGAAGAAGUUUAAAAAAAGAAAAUAAUUUUAAUGUGAUAUUAGAAAAGCUGUCAAUUUGUGGCUUUUUUUUAAGGAGGUUAUUAAAUCCUUUUGGUUUUACUUAAUAAUUAAGUUGUUUUAAGUAUUAUUUUUUUUUUAAUUUUAAAUAUUCAUAAAUAUUUGUUCUCUUUUAUUUAAGUAAAUUUGUGACAUUUUGUACAUUACAAUAAAUGU